GAGAAGAAGAAUGGCAUCGAGCUCUUCGUGUCCUCUGAUAGGCCGGGAGUCUCAGAGCCCCUCCCCGCUGAAGAGGUCAUCCAAUCACUGAACAUCAGGGUCCUCCAUCGACACCUGGGACACUUCGGCAUCACCGAGGUCUCAACCGAGAAGAACGUGCUGCAGGGCGAGCAGCGGGAUCACGUUUGGAGCCCAGAGGGUUUCUACGCCGUCAUCCUCUUCUUCACCGUCUUCGUCAUCGUCAUCACCUGCUUGAUGGUUUUGUUCCGACUGAAAGAGAAGGUCCAGGUUUGUGACAGACAGCUGAAGGCUCCGCCUCUUGACCUCCACCUGACCCCCACCGUCCAAUCAGACUCUGCCCAGAAGUCAAAGGGUGCCAAGGUUGUGUCGUCAGGAAGCAUGGUACAAGCUGAGCUCCCGCCAAUUGUAGCCAAGCCCAUUCGUCCGCAGCAGCCAAUCACAGCCUGCCGUCGCCUCGCUCCUCCUGUCCCUCUGCCCAG